AUGUGCCGCACACUUUCUGGAGCUCCUCGAAAGAUUGAUGCCUUCUACCGAAUACCAUCUGGCUUCAGUUUUGCAGUCAUGAUGUUCAGCGUUCCUCUUACAUACUGCUUGCGACCUAGUGUACGUUCCACCCGCCCCCCGAUACCUGCCCCCUCUCAGGCCCCGUCUGCGCCAGCUGGGCAUGUAUGCCUGAGAGCGGCCCCAACGUUGCGACUAUCACCAGAUGCCGCCCCGCGAUUCCAGCGCCAUUGUCCGUCGCUGCUGGCAUUCGCCACGCGCCGGUACUCCCGAGAAUGCGUCCGCCGCCCCCGCCCCCGGAUGGCGUGCUUACAAGGUCAGGCAAAUGGAUACAUGCGCCCAGCCCGGGAGCCACGUGUCGACCCCGCCCCCUACCAUCGGCCCGACUCCGCCCGCACUCCCCUCGGCCCCCCCUCUUCCGGCGCGCACUCCGCUCGCGUCCGCUCCCCCGCGGACUCCGCGGGCCGAGUAUGGAUGCUUAUUAUGAGAUGCAUUCGCCCCAUCUUCGGGCCUGCCAACCCCGCACCACGGGCCGCUCGCCAGUCCGCCAACAGCCCAACCCCCCCUCUCACGCGCGGCGUUCCGCCCCCGCCCGCUCAGGUCUCCGCCCGCCCUCGCACCACGCGGCCCCAUCCACCCACCAGAACGAACAUCCGGCCCAUCUUUUACCACUCCCCCCAGCACACCGCCUACCCGCUCCGUUCAGCGCUGCCGUGCUCCCAAAAACCCCCACCGCGCCAGCAUUUCGCCUCGUCCCGCGCGUCCCGAACGCGUCCGCGAUCGCCCGCGCCUAACACGCAGCGCACCCGCGCCCCGGCCUGGCCGCCUCUGAACGCCCGUCACCCGCGCGUCCGCGAUCAUGCCACUGCUGCGCGCCCCUGCCGCCCCGCCCCCAGCUCCCCCGAGCCCCGUGCCCACCUGCACCGGUUUGUUCUCACAUGA